CGCCACGAAAGCAAAAGAAUAAUCGAAAAAUGUCAGACGCCGACGAUACCAGUCCGAUCCAGGAGCCCCUUGACCUUGUCCGCUUAUCCCUUGAUGAGCAGGUAUUCGUCAAACUACGCGGAGACCGGGAAUUGAGGGGGAGAUUACAUGCUUACGACUCACAUUGCAACCUUGUCCUUGGAGACGUUGAAGAGACGAUAUAUACUGUUGGCGAUGAUGAAGAGGAUGAUAGUGUUAAGACAAUCAAAAAGCAAUCGGAGAUGUUGUUUGUUCGAGGGGACUCGGUUGUUCUAAUAUCGCCGCAGGCGCAGUCAUAA